CAAAAUUAGUCGCCAUCUUUGCUUCAAUCUUUCAAUUCAAUCGCCGAUCGUCCCACGAAUUCGCGGGCGGUUUGUCGCCGUUUUUUCAAUGUUUUGCUCAAAUCAGUCCUUAUUGUUCGCGUUUAAAGCUACAUAAAUAGUCCCGGAAUCUCGCGUAUCAGGUUGAUGUAAAAAUGAGCUUUUUCGGAUUCGGCCAGACGGCGGACAUCGAAAUACUUUUCGAUGAUGCUGACAAACGGAAAGUGGCAGAAGUGAAAACGGAUGACGGUAAAAAGGAGAAGUUGUUGCUUUAUUACGAUGGUGAAACAGUGUCUGGACGUGUUAAUGUUACCCUGAGGAAGCCAGGUUCUAAGUUGGAGCACCAAGGCAUCAAGGUCGAGCUAAUAGGUCAGAUUGAAUUGUUCUACGACAGGGGCAACCAUCACGAGUUUAUAUCUUUAGUGAAGGAACUGGCACGCCCGGGAGACUUAUUACAACAUACUUCGUAUCCUUUCGAGUUUGCGAACGUUGAGAAACCGUACGAAGUGUACACAGGCGCUAAUGUCAGAUUACGAUACUUUUUGCGAGCCACGAUUGUGCGGCGGCUAACAGAUAUCGUAAAGGAGGUGGAUAUAGCGGUGCACACGCUGUGUAGCUAUCCAGAUGUCCUCAACUCGAUAAAAAUGGAAGUGGGCAUUGAAGAUUGCCUACACAUAGAAUUCGAAUACAACAAAUCUAAGUAUCAUUUAAAAGAUGUCAUAGUGGGCAAGAUAUACUUCUUACUUGUACGCAUCAAAAUUAAACACAUGGAGAUAUCUAUAAUCAAACGUGAGACAACAGGUUCUGGGCCUAACACAUUCACAGAGAAUGAGACAGUGGCAAAAUAUGAAAUUAUGGAUGGGGCCCCAGUGAGGGGGGAAAGCAUUCCAAUAAGAGUUUUUUUAGCUGGCUACGAUUUAACACCUACAAUGAGGGACAUCAACAAUAAAUUCUCUGUGAGGUAUUAUUUGAAUCUGGUCUUGAUGGAUACUGAGGAUCGACGUUACUUCAAACAGCAAGAAGUUACUCUGUGGAGAAAAAGUGAUAAAUCCAGAUUACCGCUACACAACCCGCAUCAUCCCCAGACAUUAUCUCAUCCAUCCCAUCCGCCGAGACAGCUAAGUGGCUCAAGUGAGGACAACUCUACUAAAGGAGUGUCUCCCUCAGUGCCUGAGAACUCCAUGCAUAGAUCUGUCUCUCCGUCAAUGGAUGGCGAUAGGCACAACGGGCCUUCUGAAAUGGAGCAAGAAAAACCAGAUGUCAUAACUACUAAAAUGGCAGACACGCACAUUGAUAAUAAUAUUGAAAAUUCAGUGGAUAAAUCACCUGAAUUACUUGCAGAAAAGCCAGAAAUUGAUGAGAAACCACCUUUGGCAGAAAAACCGCAGGUUUCAGAGAAACCUCAGAUUGCCGAAAAGCCAGUACUGACUCGACCAGAGAAUGCAGAAGCCAGUCCGAGUCAAUAGCCGAUAUGUACAUGUUUGGUAGACCUAACAGUCUCCGACGAAAUGAACUACAUGUUUUCUUACUUGAAAACAAUUAUUUAGAGAGAACCAGCUAAUAAAUAUACACAAAUUGUUGCUCUAGUAUCACUUAAAUUUUUUUAUGAUGGCACCAUUUUUAAGUGUUACCAACAUAAAAAUUAAAUGUUAAAAUGGACUAUAUAAAAUGUAAGUGUACAUUGCUGUAAGAUCUAACAUAAUAAAUGUUAUUAAAUAGUUAAAAUACUUUUAUUACAACUAAGUUGUAAUCAAAGUAUGUUUAUGUAUAAAAAUGCAAUUUCUGGAAUAAUUUGCAAGUGUAUAAUCUAAUCAAAAUUAAAUAGAAAAUCAUAAAGUGUGGUGUCUACAAUAAUCAAUUGGCCCUUUUUAAGUAAAGCAAUUUGUAUAACAUAAUUUUUUAAUUAGCUAAGUUUCAUGUAUGGCUAAAAAGUCUUGCAUACUGUAUUAAUUUGCUCUUUACCAUAUAUUUAUAUUUAUCGUAAUAAAUUGCCAACUGUACUCAAUUACCAGCAGCAAUUUAUCUUCAAAUGUUGAAUGAAUUUAUUGUUAUCAUUUUUAAAGCACUGCUUUUGUGUCAAUAGUCUUUAGGCUAUCAGUUACUGUUAGCGGACGAGUUUGAUAAUAGAAAACUGUUUUAAUAUCAUGCUCGCUGUUAAAAACGUGUGUCAUAGCUGUUAAAAACGAAAUGAAAAAAAUAGAUAGAUAAAAUUUACCAACACUAAGCCAUGUGUGAAAUUAAAAAAGGUAUUCAUUGAGUAAUUAGCACUGUGGCACCUUGGUGUAUGGGCUUAUUACAAUGAGAUUUCUUAUUGUACAGUCAACAGCACAUCAAGUUACCUUGCAUGAACCUCUAUGGCGCGGUAACAGCGGCGAGUUUGCAAUUAAUUUGAGUAGGUUAAUGUGCUGUUGACUGUAUAUUAAAUUCUUAUGUACAUUUUGUAUAGAGUUGAGUGGUGUGAAAAAAAUAAAGAUGAACUUUGAAAGCAAUUUAAGGGCUGGAGCCUAUGAUUUAUAAGAAUUGCAACCUAUCUCUUUAAAUGUUUGCAAAUUUUAGCUAAACAAACGAGUUUCUAGCGAAAUCUACGACCUCGGCACAUACCUAAGGACAUCAUUCCGUAACGUAAAAAACAUUAACACCUUUUCCUUUAAUAUGCAAAAUCUAUUAAUGGAAAAGUAAAUGCAGAGUGAACCUGUAACUGUAGAUAUGCUAAUUAGAGCUAAGACACUAAGGAAACGACAAGCAAAAUGCUGAUGCUCAUUAUCACGAUUACGUCAUUAGCACUAUUUUCUAGCUUCUAUCGAAUGGUAAUCGAAAUACUUAAAAAUAACGAAACCUAUUUUUAGAACACUGAUUCUUUAGAACUUCUAUAUCGUUAUGAAAUCAGUUUUUUGUACAACAAUCCAAAUAAAUCGUGACAAAAGGACAUCCUCAGUCAUAGUCGGUCAAUAAUCGCCCUAAAUGUUACCGACAUGUGUACGUCAAUUUGUUUCAAUUGAAAUCAGUCGCUAACAAUUGAACUUUAAUGUUCAACUAUCGUAAAACAAUCUUAUAACACAACGAAAGUUUGAUAUUAUGUAUUAGAAACGAGUACUGAUGUAGAUUUUUUACAGUUUGGGGGUCAUAAUGUCAACUCUGUUAAUGUGCACACGUUCAUAAUGAUCUAACAACUACUAAAUAUACUUCCUAAUUAUUGUAAAGUGUGGUGAAACCUAAUUAUGAUGGUGUUGAAGUCAAAUCUGUGUAUAGUUGAAGCUUCUCUUUGAAGUCUUCACAUUUUGAGUGUACAUUUUGCGCCAUAGCCAGCUUGGGUAUUAGAAUGCACUCUGAUUGGUAAUUCAGGGACUGCUAUCUCGACUCUAUUAAUUAAUCAGUGAAAAUAUUAUUAAUCAAUACUGUUCUGUCCACCACGGCAUAGAUUUCUAUUUCCAUGCGAUUUCCAAGGAGAUCGCGCUUGUUGAAACUUCUGUCUAUAAAAAGUAUACUAAAAGCUAAAAGUAUGUAAUUAUUGAAUCUUAUGUAGUUAUAGAUAAAUUUUAAAUGAGUACCUACUGUGGAUUACAUAUGUUGGGCUUUGUUUUUGUCACAGUCUUGUAAAAACAUGUUUUAAGUCUUAUAAGUAAUUUAUUAAAAUUAAGAACAGAAUAAGGGAGACUUGCAAUAGAUUUGAUUUACAUCCUGGUCUUAAAAUUAUAUUUAAAAAAAGUUAAUGACGACAAAAUCAAACCUCAACAUGGAACAGAGCGUUACACAUACGACAUAGCCUUUACUCAUUUAUUUUAUGUAAAUUAGAAAAGUCCAUACUACGUAAAACAUUAUAUUAUUAUGUUUGAUUUUAGUACCUUAUUGUAUAAAAAAGAUAUCUUUUUCUAAUGGGAUUAAGAGCAUGUCUAUUAUAUCAUAUUGUUAAUAAAAUAUAUGUAUAAAUUGCUGAA